AUGUAGGUUUGAUGACUGCCACUAGAGGGUGUCUGAGGAUUUCGUUUGGAUCUGUUUCUAUAUAUAUUUUUUUAUGACUGCUUCCUUUUCCCCCACCCCUGUUCUGAAAAUGUCCCGUUGAAAUUAAAUUUUCUGCAUGAGCCUUGCUUACUUGGUUUUUGUGUAGUGUACUCACUGUAGCCUACCACAAGUCAUCUGCUUUCCCAUCUGUACCCACUGUGUCAUUUUGUAGGCAAGGCCUAAACAAAAAGUAGGCCUUGCAGGAUCCCCGGCCUGUAGUAGGAACUGUGAGGUGAGAGAAGUAAACAUGGCGGAAGCUCUGACUGAGGAAGAGGAGCAGGCUACCCAGCGGUUCCUGCAGGAGAUGAAUUCCUGGACUUCCUUCCACUCAGUAUCCCCGCUCCCCUGGGACGUUGCUGUGAAAUUUCUGAUGGCAAGAAAAUUUGAUGUCGUGAGAGCAAUUGAACUGUUCCACUCAUACAGAGAGACCCGUCAGAGAGAAGGGAUUGUCCAGCUGAACCCCCUGCAGGAGCCAUUGCUAUCUGAGCUCCUGAGUGGGAAGUUUACUGUGCUGAGUGUACGUGCCCCAACUGGAGCCUCCAUUGCAAUUUUCACUGCCAAGCUGCACCACCCAGCAAGAAAGAACAGCAGAGAGGUACAGCACACUGUACUCCAGGCUCUCUUCUACCUCUUGGACCGCGCUGUGGAGAGUGUCGACACACAGAGAAAUGGCCUGGUGUUUGUCUAUGAUAUGGGGGGCAGUCAGUACAGCAACUUUGAGCUGGAAUUAAGCAAGAAGAUCUUGAGCCUGCUGAGGGGAGCAUUUCCUGCCCGUCUAAAGAAAGUCCUCAUCGUUUCGCCUCCUGUCUGGUUCAGAGUUCCCUAUUCCAUCAUCAGUUUACUGCUGAAGGAGAAGUUGAGAGAGAGGGUUCACAUGGUGAGCAUGAGUGAACUUCUCCAGCAUUUACCUCCACAGUGUCUUCCUGAGUCUCUAGGCGGACUACUUCCAUGGGACCCUGGCUCCUGGAACUGCCUUCUCCUACCUGGCCGUGCAGGCAGGCCAGAUCCACUGGAUGAGGUGGUUUUGGUGCUAGAAAAAGGACAGAGAGGGAGUGUGCAUAGGCCUUUACCUGGAAGCAUGACACUGGAUCAGUUGAAAGAACACAUUGGCUCUUUAGGGAAACGUGGAGUGUGUGAUGAGUAUGAAGCAAUAAGAAAUGAGGAACCAGAUGGGUCUUUCACAGUGUCGCUAGCUGCUGUGAACCGUGACCGAAAUCGUUAUGGCGAUGUCCCAUGCCUGGACCAAACGCGGGUUAAAUUAAAACGUGUCAACUGGCAUGAUCGCUCGGACUAUAUAAAUGCCAGCUUUAUGGAUGGAUAUCUACAGAAGAAUAUGUACAUUGGAACACAAGGGCCCAUGGAAAAUACAUUCCAGGAUUUCUGGCAAAUGGUUUGGGAACAAAAUGUGUUGGUCAUUGUAAUGACCACCCGGGUUGAAGAGGGCAGCCAUCGAAAAUGUGGUCAGUACUGGCCUCUGUCCCCUGGCUCUACAGCUUUAUACGGCACUGUAACGGUCACUAACAUAGCCACUGAGAGCAAUCAGCACUUCAGAAAGAGCACUUUGGAACUCGGCAUCCGCCAGGGUCGGGAAACACGACAUAUAAGUCAUUUGCAGUUCCUGAGCUGGCCAGAUUUUGGGGUUCCCAGUUCUGCAGCUGCUCUUAUCCAUUUUAGGGAUGCUGUGAAGAAAGAGCAGAGAAGACUGAUGCAUGAACUAGGAAAUAAAUGGAAAGGUCCUGCAGGUGGUCCUCCCAUUGUGGUUCAUUGCAGUGCAGGCAUCGGAAGGACAGGUACUUUCUGUACUCUGGAUAUCUGUUUAUCCCAGAUAGAAGAUGUGGGCACCCUGAGUAUCCAGCAGACAGUUAGAAGAAUGCGCAAACAGAGAGCCCUGAGUAUACAGACUCCGGAGCAGUACUACUUCUGUCACAUGGCCAUCCUCGAGCACUUUGCUAGCUGACACCAGUACCGUAGCAUGUCCACCUGUGGCACUCCUGAAUGAAGGAAACGAGGACCAACAUAAAGUGUAGGAGGAGUCCUCAUUAUUUGUGGUUACUGCAAAAGCAGUAACACACAAGCUGGAGGCUCUUAGACAGAAGCAAUAAUAUUCAACAAUGUAACUGUAACUAUGAAUUACACAGCAGCAUUAUACUCUAUGCACUUUCACAUAACCACUAUACAAGUAUCCCACUACAGAAUACAACCACAACACGCCCAGCACAUACUCAAUUAACAUAGGCACUAUGUUAACAUACAACUGUUUAAAUAUAUGCAUGUGUACAUUGCAUACAUAAGCUUGGACAGUAUAUAGUGAUCCCAAUUACUAUCAGAGUAUAUAUUAAUUAUCACACACCUGCAUUACAUAUAAUCCAUAAAUGUAUAACUUUCAUAAAACAGUGGAAGGUAAUAGUGUUCAUUACUCAUUGUCUUCUUUGCACAGACCUUUUCUAUCUCCUGAAUGGGUUAGCAACCCAUAACUUCUGGCUCACAUGUUAUGGCCUGGUGAUAGGGCAUACAUGUACACCUCAAUGUAAGACAUAGCACUGGUCUCUGCAGUCAGUGUAAUGGAUUUGCUGUAACCAUUUCUAUCAAGUACAUAUGAUAUAUUUUAAUUGGGGAACCAGUGUGUGCAGCCAACCAUUACACACUACACCCAAACCAGAUCAUACAUUACUAUAUAGAAGGACUGAACACUCUUAUCACGCUGAACAUAAUUACAUACCAUAUGAUUUGUAUUGGUUUCAGCUAGAUUAUAUACAUAAUACAAACUAUACAUUUAUAAAGUUAUUUAGUUCUAUAUUAUUAUGUCUUGGGCCAAAGAAAUGGUCAAACCUAAGACGUGAUCAUUUGGAACCUACAAUUAUAAAGUACGGAAGGUUGAUUUCUAUCAGGAUGUGUGCUAUCCUGUUUGCAAUCAACAGUCCUCAUUAUUUCUAUUACUUGUAUAUAAAUGUACAGGCAUUUAAACUUGUCUAUGAAUACCUACAUGUAAAAUAUAUAUAAUGCAUACAAUAAUUUUAUGCCAUUUGUUUUGUAACUGGAAAGGAACAAAUGUCCCUUAUUUGGAAUGUAAACAAAACAAAAAAUUCCACACAAUCAUUAAAAUCAUAAAGUAUACGUUAUGAUAUUGAGUUGAACAAGAGCUAGUUGUAUCUUGUAUGUGUUUGUUACAGCUAGAUAUUAAACCUUAUUAAUAAUAUAAAAAAAAUGUAAUUGUUCACAAACCAAAUUAUGUGAAUGAAGUAAAAAUUGAAAAAACAAAAACAAAAAAGUAUAUUAAUGUUUGCAAGGACCAAUUCCAAGGGCUGAAUGUGUUAUGUAAUCUGUGGUGGCCAAGCCUGUAUCCUCCUUUCCUAUGUUCCUUGGUAGAUGGAAGUAUGACCUGUAUAACUUUCAUCUGGCCUAGCUACAUGUUCCAAUCAUUUUGAAAGCAUACAGGUGGUCAUUCCGAGUUGUUCGCUCGCUGCUAAUUUUAGCAGAAUUGCUAAUAGGCUAAAAUCCGGCAGUUCUGCGAAUGCGUAUGCACAGCAGGGCGCACGCGCUAAGCAAUUUUACACAAAACUAUGCUAUUUUACUCAUGAGCGAACAAAGCUUUUCAAUCGCUCUGCUGAUCGUAGUGUGAUUGACAGGAAGUGGGUGUUUCUGGGCGGAAACUGGCCGUUUUCAGGGAGUGUGCUAAAAAACGCAGGCGUGCCAGGUAAAAACGCAGGAGUGGCUGGGCGUGUUUGUGACGUCAAACCAGGAACUAAACGGACUGAGGUGAUCGCAAUCUAGGAGUAGGUCUGGAGCUACUCAGAAACUGCAAGGAAAUACUUAAUAGCAGAAUUGCUAAUCUUUCGUUAGCAAUUCUGCUAUUAAUAGCAGAAUUGCUAAUCUUUCGUUAGCAAUUCUGCUAUGCUAAGAUACACUCCCAGAGGGCGGCGGCCUAGCGUGUGCAAUGCUGCUAAAAGUAGCUAGGGAGCGAACAACUCGGAAUGAGGGCCACAGUUCCCUCUUUUUAGAGAGAGAAAGCAGGACCAAGCCGGUCACUCAUCCAACAGCUAGCCUCUUACCCCAGAACGUACCUCACCAAGACUGUCAUCUCUAACAUUGGCAUAAUAUGUCUCCUGCAGGUUAUCAACAUUUUGUAUAAUUGUACGUUUAAAAAGCAUCAUGUGUAAAGUAUUUUUAUGCUUUGUAUAGAUUCCAAAAUGUGUGAAACUUUAUUUUUUUAAUUGGAUGGAUGUCUUGUUACGUAGGUCUCUUUGUAGUCUCUAAAAGUGGAGGACUAUGAAAUUGUAUACAAAUUAUAUUUAAAUGUCUAUGCAAUUGUUCACCAUAUUCUAUUAAAAUGUAUCCCUGAUGUA